CGACCGUUACGAGCCGCUGCCCCCAGCGCUGCCGGCCGCCGGGGAGCAGGACUGCUGCGGGGAGCGUGUGGUCAUCAACAUCUCUGGGCUGCGCUUCGAGACGCAGCUCAAGACCCUCUGCCAGUUCCCAGAGACGCUGCUGGGCGACCCCAAGCGGCGCAUGAGGUACUUCGACCCGCUCCGCAACGAGUACUUCUUCGACCGCAACCGACCCAGCUUCGACGCCAUCCUCUACUACUACCAGUCCGGGGGCCGCAUCCGCCGGCCUGUCAACGUGCCCAUUGACAUCUUCUCCGAGGAGAUCCGCUUCUACCAGCUGGGCGAGGAGGCCAUGGAGAAGUUCCGUGAGGACGAGGGCUUCCUGCGGGAGGAGGAGCGGCCCCUACCCCGCCGCGACUUCCAGCGCCAGGUGUGGCUUCUCUUCGAGUACCCCGAGAGCUCCGGGCCGGCCCGGGGCAUCGCCAUAGUGUCGGUGCUGGUCAUCCUCAUCUCCAUUGUCAUCUUCUGCCUGGAGACGCUGCCCGAGUUCCGCGACGAGAAAGACUACCCUGCUUCCCCGUCGCAGGAGGUGUUCCAGGCUGCCAGCAACAGCACGUCGGGAGCCGCCUCUGGAGCCUCCAGCUUCUCGGAUCCCUUCUUCGUGGUGGAGACCCUGUGCAUCAUCUGGUUCUCCUUCGAGCUGCUGGUGCGAUUCUUUGCUUGCCCCAGUAAAGCCACCUUCUCCCGAAAUAUCAUGAACCUAAUAGACAUCGUGGCCAUCAUCCCUUACUUCAUCACUCUGGGUACCGAACUGGCUGAGCGACAGGGUAACGGACAGCAGGCCAUGUCCUUGGCCAUCCUGAGGGUCAUCCGCCUAGUGAGGGUCUUCCGCAUCUUCAAGCUUUCCCGCCAUUCCAAGGGGCUGCAGAUCUUGGGACAGACGCUGAAGGCUUCCAUGCGGGAGUUGGGGCUGCUCAUCUUUUUUCUCUUUAUUGGGGUCAUACUUUUUUCCAGUGCAGUGUACUUUGCCGAAGCAGAUGACCCUUCUUCAGGUUUUAACAGUAUCCCGGAUGCCUUCUGGUGGGCAGUGGUAACCAUGACAACUGUCGGUUACGGUGAUAUGCACCCAGUGACCAUAGGAGGCAAGAUUGUGGGCUCUCUCUGUGCCAUCGCAGGUGUCUUGACCAUUGCCUUGCCAGUUCCUGUGAUUGUUUCCAACUUCAAUUAUUUCUACCACCGGGAGACAGAAGGGGAAGAACAAGCCCAGUACAUGCACGUGGGAAGUUGCCAGCACCUCUCCCCUUCAGCCGAGGAGCUCCGAAAAGCACGGAGUAACUCCACUCUGAGUAAGUCCGAGUAUAUGGUGAUUGAAGAGGGGGGGAUGAACCACAGCGCAUUCCCCCAGACCCCUUUCAAAACGGGCAACUCCACUGCCACUUGCACCACGAACAAUAAUCCCAACUCCUGUGUCAACAUCAAGAAAAUAUUCACUGAUGUUUAAUGUAUGAUAACGAUUGACAUGCUGUGCUCAGUAUUGUAUGGGACGUGCCCCCUUGGUCUGUGUAUGCCCUGUUUUGUACAUUUCCAGACCAUCCAUCGAGGAAAGGACAUGCCUAAGUGGAAAGCACACUUCAUUCUCCCGCUCCCUGCUGCCUCAUCCUGAAACAGGUGCCUGUUCUGCAAGUGGGCUGCGUUCGCUCAGCUCUUUUUUUCUCUCCCUCUUAAUUUUGUGACCCACAAACUUACAUGAAGCCUGAUUUCUAAUGCACACCGUAUGAAAAACUACAUCCUGGGAGGAAAUGAAACUAAAGAACAGUUAAGAGUAACUUUAACCUCAAAACUGAAAGAUAGUUGUUUCUUUACUAAGUAAAGGAGGCAAGACUUAAAUGAUGCUUCUGUUUGGUGAACCUUUCAACAUUGUCCGUUGACUAUUUAGUUCAAUAACCUAACCUCUGGACAUAUGGAUGGAAAGUGUUAACUAGAGAAUGUCUUAUAAGCCCACCGUAAACUUAUUUGGUUUUUGACUGGUCUUUCUAUUUGAAUCUUUCCUCUCUGAAUCUUACAGUUCUCAUCAACUUUGAACCAAAAGGGAAAUGCCCCAAAUGUUCUGAUCUGACCAAUUAACUCUUUAGAGUUUGCUAAGCAUUUGGAAAGUAUUAGACACAGAUUCCAAUGAAGCUGUGUGUGCAUGUCCCAGCCAACAUCUACCAAAGUCUAGAAGCAGAUGUUUUCAGUGCUGCCAAGAGAAACAGCAAAACAUUCCUGAUGCAUUCGAGAGAUAAGCUUCUGCAGUAUGGCAAGAUUAAAGUGGCAGACACCCCUUCCAGCGGAAGUUACUAAUUCGAACCUGACUGAUGCAGUUCCCAUAGCAACUCAUGUUUCCUGGGAAACCCGAAAAAGGUUGUCAUGGCAUCUUUUGCUCUCUAGCCCCACCUCCCUCACUCCCUGCCGUUUCCACAGUAACCUUUCCAGAUGGUUCCUACUUACACGAUUUCACAAGGAAAACCACUAUUUGAAUAAACCACACAAAUAAAGUUAAGUCUGAGAACGUAAAGAGGUGAAAAAAAUCACAAAAUGCAUUGUUUUUACAUUUUAUAUAAAUCAUCGAUGUAUCCGUACAGUGACUGAACCAAGAAGAAAAAUAUCUUUGGAAUGUUACCUGUAAACCACAAUAAGGCAUGAUCUGAAUUAAGUGCCAGUUAUUAUCAGGCAAUAAUAUUAAAAGAUGCUUCUCUGCAGGUUUUUUAAGAAGUGACAAGAUAACAAAUGAAGAGCUGGUGAGAGAAUUUCGUACAUAGCAAAUGAGAGUCAGUGUACCUGAAGUCUUACUGCAAGAUACUUCCCAAUUUCCUCAUUAAAAAAGAAAAAAAAAA